GCGGCAGUACUGUAGUACCACGUAAUAAGAGGAGUGGCAUGCAUCCAAGUCAUGUACCACAUGAGCCGUCCCGGUCUCUUAAACAAGUUCUUAUCACCCUGCCAUCUUGCCUAGCGCCUGACUCCAUCCUACUUUUAAACUGUCAUCUGAACAUUCAAGGCGUACUUUGACACUCGUUCUCUCUUCAAGUUAGAACCGGACGAGAUACAUACUAUGGCACAGCGAAGAGCAUCUAUCUCAUGGACCACGCGCGUACAGAGCCCAACAGUUGCUACGACCCCUGAUGUCCCGGCUGCGGAGGCAGAGAAGUGGGUUGCGCAGUGGGCAUGUGUAUUGGCUAAGGAUUUGGUCGAUGUACGCAUAGUUGAAGUCGACGCAGGCAUGUCCGUCGAAGACGCAUGCGAUCUCCUUCUGCAGGAAGACAUUCCGUGUCUCGCUGUCCGCGCACUUCCAGAUUCGACUCGGACAGGUGCACCUUAUCUUGGACUGUUUGACUUCUCAGAUGUGAAUGCCUUCCUCACGCUUGCCGCGACGCGGCACACGAUCUCGCCCGCAGAGUUUCGCGCUAACUCGCGCGCCGAUCAGAUUAUGAGUGCUGCACGAGAAGGACGUGUACCUGUGCACCUUGUUAGCAACCUCUCAGAAAAGAACCACCUAGAGACCCUCCCGAAUAACGCCAGCCUUAUUUCACUGCUUGGAGUGUUUGCGAAGGGAACGCAUAGGGUGCUUAUCGAAGCCGCCCCACCCACUGCUCCCGCAGAGUGUGACGCUGUUCCAGAGACGACAACAACAAGUACUACCUACCUUGGUGCAGUCUCCGACCGCGCUCUGCUGGCAUACUUCGCCAAUUUUGCCAAGCAAUCGGACACCGCUACACACAUUCAUUCUCCAAUGCAAUCCCCACAUUCUUCUCGACUAUCGGCUUUAUUGCAACCUUCCAUACAGAUUUCCCAACCGUCUCAGUCUCCUAAGCCUGUAUCAGCCUUAACAGCUUCCCGCCCCACUGCUCUGCCCCAACCCCAGCCCCCUGCUCCCACUUUCACAUUUGCAACGCUUCUUUCGUGCCCCCUGCACUCACUUAUUCUCCCGUCGCUUCAAGUGUACACGUCUGUCAUAGCUGCUACCAGCUCAUCUACGGUGCUUGACGCAAUGUGCCUGAUGAGCGACUGUGGUGUGAGUAGCGUAGCUGUUGUCGAUGAUGGUGGGGGAGGAUACGGAGCUGGAUACGGGUCCUGGGGUGGGCUAACUGGAGCGGUGAGUGUUACUGAUGUCGGAAAGCUCGUCGUUCCCUCGGAGUCUAACCACAUUCUCUCCGCGCCUUUGCACCAGUUCGUCUCACAGAUCAAGGAGCCAGAUGGAAGUACAGACGGAGCAGACCGGUAUCCUGUGUAUGUCGUCCUCCCCACCAGCACUCUCUCAUAUGCGAUUCAGAAACUGCUUGCGACCAAUUCGCACCGACUCUUCGUAACUGACUCUGAUUUCGAGCCCAGCUCAUCUCCAGGCUCGCCCAUGGGCGGCGGACUGUGCGGAAUCGUUAGCAUUGUCGACAUUCUUUCUCUUUUCGCGCUCAUCGCCAACGUCCCAGAUGUUGAUCCCACACAACGCAUGCGGCACCGACGUGCUUCAUCCACAUCCUCACACUCCUCAUCUCUGAGCAUUGUGCGGGACUUGGCACGCUCUGGGUCACUCGCUCAAACACUGGAUCUCUCGCAAUCCAGCAGAGAUUUCGCGCGCUCAAGAUCCGGUAGCAGGACGAGCAUGGUUCUCAGUCAAAGCCCGCGAAUGAUCCCAACUGCAGAUAUCAGCAGUCCGCGCCUUGCGUCAAGUUUGGGGCUAGUAGAUGUCAGGGAUAGUCCACGGAUGGUGCCGACACUUGGUGCUGGUGACAGAAAUUCGUUGGUUGGCUUAGAUUUGGGGGAGCUCAUGGGACGAUGGGAGUGAAGAAUGGAAGAAUGGAAGCGUGAUGGUUCGCUUGCCGUGCCUUUUGUAUAUACAGAUAAUGGUUGAUAGGGAUGUAUGUGGGUUUGUAAAGUAAUUCCAAGCACCGAUAUUGACUCGUGA